UUCUUCAUCUUCUUCUCUCCUCUUUCUCUCCUCUCUCUCUCUGCUACUCGAUCUCUCUCAUCUGUCGCACUGUGCGUCGCACACAAGACGCCAUUGUUUUGAUGGGAUGCCCUAGCCAAUUACCCAAGCGACCGCGUGCUGUUGUGCUGUGCCCUACGACGGAGUUGUGUGAGCAAGUUUUUUCUUUUUACUUUCUUUUUUUGGUCAUUUUGUAGAACACUUGAAAACUCUCUUAUGUUGAGUUACAUGAACUAAUAUCAAAUGGGAUUUCUUUAAGUUUUUCGAGUUACGAAAUCAAUUAGUCAUCAUGCACGGUUCAAGUGCACAAUGGUAAGUGGUGGUGGCUGUAUUAGGCCUCAAGAGGAUUCACUUAAUAACCCCAUUGAUAUGGUAGUUGGUACCCCUGGAAGGAUUCUUCAACAUAUUGAGGAGGGCAUCCUAGUGUAUGGCGACAUCAAAUACUUGGUCUUGGAUGAGGCAGAUACAAUGUUUGAUCAUGGCUUUGGUCCUGAUAUACGCAAAUUUCUGGCCCCAUUGAAACAUCGUGCAUCAAAGUCUGAUGGCCUAGGUUUUCUGACCGUCUUGGUAACCGCAACAAUGACAAAGGCUGUGCAAAAGCUAAUUGAUGAGGAGUUUCAGGGCAUUGUACAUCUGCGAAUAUCAACAUUGCAUAAAAAGAUUUCUUCUGCUCGUCACGAUUUUAUUAAACUUUCAGGUUCUGAGAACAAGCUGGAAGCAUUACUUCAGGUACUUGUGCCAAGCCGAGCAAAAGGCAACAAGGUGAUGGUUUUUUGCAAUACUUUGGACUCUAACCGUGCGGUGGAUCACUACCUUGUUGAAAAUAUGAUUCCUACUAUCAUCUACCAUUGGAAAGUACCAGCAGAGCAAAGGGGAAGUACCAGCAGAGCAAAAGUGAAGGUUGAAAACCUCAAUAAAUUUAAGAAUGACAUUGAUGAUCGUCCAACAUUAGUUUGCACAGACUUGGCCGCUAGGGGUCUGGACUUGGAUGUAGACCAUGUUGUUAAGUUUGACUUCCCCUUGAACUCUAUCGAUUACUUUCAUUGGACUGGUAGAACUGCUUGUAUGGGUGAAAAGGUGAAAGUAACCAGUUUGGUUACAAAGAAGGACUUGAUCUUGGCCACUAGAAUAGAGGAGGCAAUGAGGAAGAAUGAGAGUUUGGAGGCUAUCACGAAAGGAGUACGAAGGGAUAUCGCCAGGACCCAAGUUAAUGGGCAGAGUGGGAAGGACAGAAAAUUAGUUAAAGUUUCUAAAGUUAAGAACAAUCCUGGUGGACGUGCCAGUUUAGGGAAUAAAGGAUCGGAUUUGAAAUCCGGAAAAGGAUCAUCAUCAAAAAAAUCUAUGAAGAAAUGGAUUAAGGUUUCAAAUUCUGUAAAAUCCUCCAAUGCAAAUAGCUCGAGAAAAGCUUCUUCAGGGUAUAAGCAAACAAGUAAAAGGACCAGUGCCACCAAAUCGACAAAUUCUAAACUCAGUACUAUAACUAGUUGAACUUCAUUCUAGCAUUCCACGGCCUAUGAAUAUGUCAUUGCUGCUAAAGCCGAAAGAAGACCUUAAGUGACUCUGUAAAAAAUCGGGGUACAUAGAAUACAAAAAUUGGGGUAUGUGAAGUAUAUGGUUCAAGUAUGAAUAAUAUAAGAGUUGGUUAUCAAUAGCAUUAAUGUUAACAUCUCGUGUCUUUCUUUUUCUCGCUA